AUGUUCGUGGAGGAGCGGAUCUUCACACUGUUUAAACGGAACGCACAUCACACUUUGACCUGCUGGAGCGUUUUCUUCAGUUUUGGACUCUGUAUUGCUUUUCUUGGACCCACAAUAUUGGACUUGCAAUGUCAAACCAAAUCGACACUUAGCCAGAUCACCUGGGUGUUCUUCUCCCAGCAGUUCUGCCUGCUGAUCGGCAGCUCUGUUGGUGGUGUUUUCAAGAAAACGUUGUUCAGUGCUCUGUCUGCCUUGUUUGUUUCCGCUCUGGUCAUCUCUGUAAUAUUUGCCAUCAUUCCCCUGUGCAAUAAUGUGCUUUUGCUGGCCAUUGCCAUGGCUGUGUCUGGUUUGGCCAUGGGCAUCAUCGACACCAUCGCUAAUAUCCAACUGGUGGCCCUCUAUCAGAAGGACUCAGCUGUCUUUCUGCAGGCCCUCCAUUUCUUCAUUGGAUUUGGAGCCCUGGUGAGCCCACUGAUUGCAGAUCCCUUCCUAUCCGAAACAGGCUGUGGAAACCACACAGGGAAUGGGACUGAGAUGAUACAUCAUUUUAGGAACAUGCUGCGAAACAGUCCCAUAGCCGAACACAACGUCACCCUAAGCCACCUGCCCCAAGACAGCGGGGAGGACUCCAUCGUGCACUAUGCUUUCUGGAUCAUGGCACUUAUCAACCUCCCGGUGCCCAUUGCCGUGCUGUUCCUGAUGUACAGAGAGCAACUGAUCCCCUGCUGUGCCAGCGGUACCCCUCGUCUGCUGGACAAAGAUGAACUGGCCAUGGAGAACCAGCAGGGGGCAGAAGGGCCGGACACAGAGGUGAAAGAUGAGGAAGGGGGAGGUCACGGGGAUAUUUUUGGCUGUUGUCAAAAUGAUAACCUGCGUGGUUUGCCUGUAUCCUUCUUUAUGAUUCAUAUCCUGGGUGGAACAGUGCUGUUCAUGACUGAUGGUAUUGUGGGUGCAUACGCCGGCUUUGUGUACACCUAUGCUGUAGCACCUCCCAUGUCACUGCCCCAUAAGAUGGCAGGUUACUUGGCCAGUAUUUUCUGGGCAGCCAUCACUGCCGGACGUCUGCUGUCCAUUCCACUAUCAUAUCGCUUCCAGCCCGUCCGACUACUCAUGUUCAACCUGGCAGGAGUCAUUGUCACAGUGUUGAUGCUAUUAAUCUUCUACACCAGCAGUGUCUUCCUGUUUGUUGGUACCUGUUUAUGUGGGCUCUUCCUCAGCAGCAUUUUCCCCUGCAUGCUAGCCUACACUGAAGACAUCCUUGACUACCAAGGUUGUGCAACGUCAGUCCUCGUAACAUGCGCAGGAAUGGGGGAGAUGGUGAUGCAGGUUCUUGUUGGCUCGAUUAUCCAGACUGAAGGCAGCUACAGUUUCCUACUGUGUGGGAUGAUCAUUGGCUGCAUUGGCUUCAUCGUCUUUUUUGGUCUGUUGUUUUUCCACCGGAUGCACAGAAACUACCUCACAGGAACCUCUAAAAAGUCAGCCAUGGUGGAGGAGCCAGCAACAGAACAGAACGACUCUGCCACAACGGCACAGAAGGAGGAAAAAGAGAGCAGCUGA